CAUAUGAUGCUUCGUUUCUCCAUCCCCGAAGGCUCCUAUGAAACCUCUUCUCAUCUCAAAUUUCUGACCUUUAUAACAAUCCUCCCCACACUCUCCUUUUCCACUCAACCCAAUAUUCUCCGCCUUUGAAUUCUUUCAAUAGCUGAAAUUAGAUUCUCCAACUCUUCCCCUCGUUUUGAUUAGAAGAUCAAAAAUGGCAUCACCACAAGAGAAUAGCACUACACUUGAUUUGAUUAGGCAGCAUCUUCUUGAUGAUAAUGUUUUCUUGGAACAUUACUGCUCCGAAACCGAAACUACCACCCUAAUUUAUUCCCAAAGCUCCUCGUCUUCUGAAUCUCUGGACCAAAGUUUCUCUUUUGAACCAACCCUCAACUAUGCCACCACAGCACAAAGUUCCAAUCUUGAAGUCUCAACUUUCUUUAAUAAUUCAAAAACAGAGUUUGAUAGCUUCGAGUUUGGGACAAUACCAAAUGUGUCAGCCGCUCGUUCGAGUUCUCUAAAGCAAACGAGCUUUAAAGAACGCAAGCCUUCUCUGAACAUUGCAAUACCAGUGAAGCAGGAGGUUGUUCAGAAAGUGGAACUAGCUCCAACCGAGAAGAAGCAUUACAGAGGAGUUAGGCAAAGGCCGUGGGGAAAGUUCGCGGCGGAAAUUCGUGACCCGAACCGAAAGGGGACUCGGGUUUGGCUAGGAACAUUUGACACUGCCAUAGAGGCGGCCAAGGCAUAUGACAGGGCGGCGUAUAAACUUAGAGGCAGCAAAGCUAUAGUGAAUUUCCCUCUCGAAGUUGCAAACUUUAAGCAAGAAUUUAAUAAUGAGAUUCGGCCAUUGGUGAACUCAAGCAGGAAAAGGGUGAGAGAAACAGUGAAUGAGGAGCAACUAGUUAUCAAUAAGGAAAUGAAAAUAGAAGAAGAAAGAGUCCCGACGGCUCCACUAACGCCGUCAAGUUGGUCGGCGAUUUGGGACAGUGGAGACGGAAAGGGAAUUUUUGAGGUGCCGCCGCUAUCACCAUUUGGAGCCUAUUCUCAGCUUGUGAUGAUAUGAUCAGAUAAGGAAUGAUGAUAUAGAUUGAGGUGUUAGUAUUUGGUAGAUGAAGAAUAAAAUAUUGCACCUGACUGUAAGAAGUCUGUGGUGAUUAAUUUCUCACCAAAAAAAAAAAAAAAAAAAAAAAAAAAGAAAUAUGGGGGAAAAGCUACGGGAAUUAGUAUUCAAAUGGUGAUAAUGAAGAUGGUGGGCGUCUGGUCUCCUCCUUAAUUCUUUUGAUUAAAUUGUUGUUGUUUAUGUAAAAACGUCAGUCAAAAAUCUGUUUGAUUGUUUAUUCAUUUCUAAGAACUACAAUUAUGAAAGCGUUGUUAUAAACUAUGUAUUUAGACUCAAAAA